ACCCCACUUCUUCGUCCUGUCCGCCUCGGGUAUCGUAGAGUUGGAACCGCCUCCCGGCGCUGGGAGGAGAGGAAGCUGGUUGCAAGGCCGAUGGCGGGCAGGGACGGGGUGGACGGCCGGGAUGGCGGCGAGAUAGUGACGGUGCGGGUGCAAUACCUGGAGGACGCGGAUCCCUUCGCCUGUGCCAACUUCCCGGAGCCGCGCCGGGCCCCCACCUGCAACCUGGACGGGGCGCUGCCCGUGGGCGCGCAGAUCUCCGCUCUGCACCACCUGCUGGGGGCGCCGCUUAAGCUGGAAGACUGUGCCCUUCAGGUAUCUCCCUCGGGGUAUUACUUGGACCCAGAACUGAGCCUGGAAGAGCAGCGGGAGAUGCUAGAGGCCUUCUAUGAGGAAAUCAGCAAAGGGAGGAAGCCAACGCUGAUCCUGCGCACCCAACUCUCUGUUCGUGUCCAUGCCAUCUUAGAGAAGCUCUACAGCUCCAGUGGACCUGAGCUGCGCCGAUCCCUCUUCUCCCUGAAGCAGAUCUUCCAGGAGGACAAGGACCUGGUCCCAGAAUUCGUGCACUCGGAGGGGUUGAGCUGCCUGAUCCGUGUCGGGGCAGCUGCUGACCAUAACUACCAGAGCUACAUUUUGCGGGCAUUGGGUCAGGUGAUGCUGUUCGUGGAUGGGAUGCUGGGCGUGGUGGGGCACAGUGAGACCGUGCAGUGGCUAUACAGACUCUGUGAAAGCAUGUCCCGUCUGGUGGUAAAGACAGCCCUGAAGCUGCUGCUGGUGUUUGUGGAAUACGCAGAGUCCAACGCCCGGCUUUUCAUCCACGCCGUCUCUGCUGUCGCCAUUGCCUCUGGCGCCUGCCCCUGGGCCAACCUGGUGUCCAUCUUGGAGGAGAAGAAUGGAGCCGACCCGGAGCUGCUGGUGUUCGCCAUGACGCUCAUCAACAAGACCCUGGCUGCACUGCCCGAUCAGGACUCGUUCUAUGAUGUGACGGAUGCGCUGGAGCAGCAGGGCAUGGAGGGCAUUGUGCAGCGGCACCUGGGCAGCUCAGGCACUGACCCUGACCUCCGAGGACAGCUUGUUCUUUAUGAGAGUGCCCUGCGGCUGGAGGAUGGGGACCCCGAGGAGGGGGGUGUAGGUGGGCGACGGGAGCGCAGGAAGCCGUCCACAGAAGAGGGCAAACGAAUCCGACGCUCUCUUGAAGUGGGGGGUUUUGGGACUUGUGUUCCUGCCCUGAAUGUGACUCCCCGCGCCGCAGCACCUGCACAGCCUGAGCCUGGCCCCCCAGGCCCCGCAGCCAGUACCUCCGUCAAGCUGUUUCCCUGCCCGCUGCCUGUCGCCGCCGUCUCCACUCUCGAGACCUCUGGGAAUCUCUGCGAGAGGAGCGUCUACAAAGCUCGCUUCCUGGAGAAUUUGGCAGCAGCGGAGACGGAGAAGCAGGCGGCGUUGGCACAGGGGCGGGUAGAGGCUCUAGCAGGGGCCCUGCCUGAUGAACCCGACGGGCACCAGGGUGCCCUGAAGCUGGCUCCUCCCCACCAACCCCCCUGCAGCCCCAAACGUCCUGGUCCCCUGCCCCUCAUCCGGACCCGGCACAGUCCGGAACCCGAGCCCCCCGCCCCGCUGGCCCGAACCUGUCUCACCUCCGAAGCUGAACUCUUCCGGGAAGCUACAGUGUCCUCAGCACGAUCAGCAACCCCAUCUCCUACCCUCUGCAUCGGGGACUUGGACUUCUCUGACCUGGGGGAGGAUGAGGAUCAGGGCGUGUUGGACAGAGAGGCCUCGGAAAGAGCAGCAGUGGGGCUCGUGGUCCCACCCCCGCUUCUCGGGGGUGUCCCUCCCCCGCCGCCACCCCCUCCCGGGAAUUUCCCGCCACCACCGCCCCCUCCUCCCGGGGGACCUCCCCCUCCCCCCCCCUCCCCUCGGUGUUCCUCCGCCCCCACCUCCCUUGGGUCUCUUCGCCCUGACGGCUCCACGCUUCCAACCAAGAGGAAGACGGUGAAGCUGUUCUGGCGGGAGCUAAAGCUGGGCCCGGCUGGGCAGGGGACUACAGGGGGGCCAGCAGGCAUGGGAGGAGGACGCUUCGGGCCACACUCCACGCUGUGGGCUGCCCUAGAACCCGUGGUGGUGGAUACCGCCCGGCUGGAGCAUUUGUUUGAGUCACGGGCCAAGGAGGUCCUGCCUCCCAAGAGAGUCAGCGAGGGCCGCAAGGCAGUGACCACGGUGCUGGACCCCAAGCGCAGUAACGCCAUCAACAUCGGGCUCACAGCACUACCCCCUCCUCACGUCAUCCAGACGGCCCUGCUUGGCUUUGACGAAUUUGCAGUCAGCAAAGAGGGCAUUGAGAAGCUGCUGACCAUGCUGCCGACGGAGGAGGAGAAGCAGAAGAUCCAAGAGGCUCAGCUGGCUAACCCUGAGUGCCCCCUGGGCCCAGCUGAGAGCUUCCUGCUGACCUUGGCCUCCAUCGGGGGUCUGGCUGCUCGCCUGCAGCUCUGGGCCUUUAAACUUGACUACGAAGUCAUGGAGCGGGAGAUUGCAGAGCCGCUGUUUGACCUGAAGGUGGGCAUGAAGCAGCUUGUUACCAAUUCCACGUUCCGUUGCAUUCUGGCCACCCUCCUGGCUGUGGGCAACUUCCUCAACGGUUCCCAGACCCGUGGCUUUGAGCUGAGCUACCUGGAGAAGGUGUCAGAGGUGAAGGACACCGUGCACAGACAGUCACUCCUGCAUCACCUGUGUGCCCUAGUGCUGCAGAGCCAGCCGGAUGCCUCGGAUCUCUACUCGGAGAUUCCCGCCCUCACCCGUUGCGCUAAGGUGGACUUUGAAUUGCUGGCGGAGAACUUGGCCCAGCUGGAGCGGCGAAGUCUGGCAGCAGGGGACAGCCUACGAAGCCUGGCCAAACACGAACUGGCCCCCGCCCUGCGGACCCGCCUCACCAUGUUCCUGCACAACUGUGACAAGCGGGUUGCCACCCUCAAAGUAGUGCACCGCCGGGUCUGCAACAGGUUCCAGGCCUUCUUGAUAUACCUGGGCUACCCGGCGGAGGCAGUACAGGAGGUGCGGGUGACGCGGUUCUGCCAGACCCUGCGGGAGUUUGCACUAGAGUACCGCACGGGCCGCGAGCGGGUACUCCAACAGCAGCGCAAGCGAGCCACCUACCGGGAACGCAAUAAGACACGAGGCCGCCUGAUUACGGAGACGGAGAAGUUUUCAGGAGUGGCUGGAGAGCCAGAGAGCACUCUGCAGGUGCCAUUAGCCGUGGGAAGCAGACCGGGGCCAGGAGCCAAGGAUGACCACGCUGCCAUGAGCACCCUCCUCAUGGGUGGGACGCACCCAAGUGCCCACAGCCGCCGCAGCCGAGGCACGGGCCGGAGCAGCUCCCCAGGGGCAGCCAGGGCUGUUCCCGGGGCAGUCGGGGCUGUUCCAGGAGCGGGGGCCAGUGGGAUGCAGGAGGAGAGUGUGGGGCCCGGCUCCCCAGGGGAUGCCUCGGAUGAGAUCAUGGAUCGGCUGGCACAGUCGGUGACAAGGAGCAGCCCCAGGGCCCUGGCAGCCCGGGAACGCAAACGCUCCAGGGGCAACAGGAAGUCCCUGAGACGGACACUGAAGAGUGGCCUCAGUGAGGACCUGGUGCAGGCGCUGGGCUUGAGCCCAAGCCCUGGCCUCGAAGUGUGAGAGAAAGCGCCACCAGCCUCCGGCAGAGCACAGAUCCUAGAGAAGCAGGAAACUCAGUGGUCAUCCCUCUGCCCCCUGGGGCCUGUUCUUGCAGGCGCAAGGCCUAGGCUGGACCACACAGCUGCUGCCAUCACUGCCACCACUCUCCCUCCCUCCACCUUAGGAGCGACACCGAGAUUGCGAACUUUUCCGAGCCCUCCUACUGGGGCCCAAGCAGUAUUAACUAUUACCAACCCCCAUGUCUACUCUGGGUGAACAAAAUAAAAAUGACUCUCAGCCAAC